UGUGGCAAUGAAUGGCUUUAAAGUCGAUGAUUUUGUAGCUGGUUGGAUAGGGGGAGCCGCCAGUACUGUUGUGGGACACCCCCUGGAUACAGUGAAGACUCGUUUACAAGCUGGGAAAGGUUACAAAAACACCUUUCACUGUAUUCUCACAGUCUACAGAAAGGAAAAUGUCUCCGGGUUCUUCAAAGGCCUGUCUUUCCCCCUGGCAAGUAUUACUCUCUACAACUCAGUGGUGUUCGGGGUGUACAGCAACAUGCAGCGUCUUAUUAGAGAGUCCCGCACUGGCACAGAGAGGCGUGGUCCUGACCUUGUGGAGCUGGUGCUGUCCAGCAUCGCUGCCGGAUUCAUCUCGGUGGGAAUCGGGGCCCCUGUGGAUUUGGUCAAAAUACGGCUGCAGAUGCAGGCCCAGCCAGUUCUCACAGAGAACCUUAACCUAGCAGGCAAUGUCCCUCUGCGUUCUGUUGAGCUCCGAGAGCAGCAGCCUGUCUUUAGGGGACCUGUCCAGUGCAUCAGCAUCAUCGUGCAGAGCGAGGGGAUCCCAGGGCUGUACCGCGGGGCUGGGGCCAUGGUCCUGCGGGACGUCCCAGGAUACACCCUCUACUUCGUUCCUUACACGCUGCUCUGUGACUGGCUGUCCCCAGGGGAGCGUGCUACCCUCAAUCCAUUUUACAUCUGCCUGGCGGGAGGAGUUGCAGGUUCAAUUUCUUGGGUCACGGCCACACCAGCAGAUGUUGUAAAAAGUCGUCUUCAGGCAGAUUCAGUUUAUCAAAGAAAAUAUAAAGGGAUUGUCCAUUGCAUCCUGCAGAGUUACAAGACUGACGGUCUACAGGUAUUUUUCCGCGGGGUCACUGUAAAUGCCAUCCGGGGGUUCCCCAUGAGUGCCACCAUGUUCCUGGCCUACGAGCUUUCUCUCAAGUUCUUCAGGGGUCUGUAGUGGAUUGGGUGCAUCCACUGGCCUCCCUGAGUCUACCUCAGUCACUCACAUCGCUGAGGACUGGGUGGAGCGUCUCCCCAGACUUGCAGAAUGGAAGACACUGGAGAGAGAGAGAGGCGGUGUGCUGGAUGACUUGAGAUUUUAUAAAUGCAGGUUUAUAGACUGCAGAGGAGAAUGUGGAUAUAUUUGAACAACACAGACCCUGCAUGGUCAAAUUGCUGUGCAUGUGAGGAGAUCAUUUGCCCCCAUAUUAUACAAAACUUUAAGCAUACAACUCUUCAUGGGAUUUCCAAAGCAUGUAAAUCCAAAGCUCUGUAUGUGUGUGUGUGUGUGUGUGUGUGUGUGUGUGUGUGUGUGUGUGUGUGUGUGUGUGUGUAUAUA